GGAUGGUCACCUUUUCUGUACUGUUCUUACACAAAUUGUCUCUCCACCACACAAUCCCCCUGUUCUUCUUCUUCUUCUUCUUCCUCUUCUUCUUACACUACACGCAAUUCUUUAUCUUCUCCUGCCUUCUCUUGAUCGAUCGAUAUUCACUGCAGAAUUUUGCAGAUUUCCUAUCCAGAUAAGGCUGCAGUCGUUGCUGUGGAUCGGAAGGAGGACUGAUCGAUCAGAGCAACAGCGGCAGCCACUGUCAAAGAGAUCACCUCAAGUCAAAAGGGAAUUAAGAAGAAUAAUGGCGUCGUCUUCUUCUUCUUCUUCCUCCGGCAGUGGUUACAGUAACUCUCCCUGCGCGGCCUGCAAGUUCCUGAGGAGGAAAUGCAUGGCGGGGUGCAUCUUCGCGCCAUAUUUCCCGCCGGAGGAGCCGCAGAAGUUCGCGAACGUGCACCGGAUCUUCGGCGCGAGCAACGUCGCGAAGCUGCUCAACGAGCUGCUCCCCCACCAGCGGGAGGACGCCGUGAGCUCGCUGGCCUACGAGGCGGAGGCCCGCGUCAAGGACCCCGUCUACGGCUGCGUCGCCGUCAUCUCCCUCCUCCAGCGCCAGCUCGACGCCCUCCACUCCGAGCUCGACGCCACGAACGCCGACCUCCUCCGUUACGCCACCGCCGCCGGAGCCGCUGCCGCGGCCAACGUGCCGAUUCCCAUCUCAUCAUCUUUUGACCCAAUUGCAGGCGGCCAAACAGGAGGAGCCGGAGGUAGCUACACCGACGAUGAUCUAUUUCACGAUCCUGAUCAAGUCAAUGCCGUCGCCGAAGUGGAAGCACUUCUAACAACUCCUCCUUCUCCAUGGCCUACGACCAAAAUCAACAGCCCUGUGUUCGAUCGAGCAACAAGAAACUGUGGAGAUGGAGAUGAUCAUUAGCAUCACAAAUUAAACUACGCAUAUAAUUUGCAGUUAUUUAAUAAUCUAGCUUGAUGCAUGCAUGAGAUGCAUACAUUUAUUUAUAUAUAUUUAUAUCGAGUACGUAGCCAGUAAACGUAUUUGAUAAGUUUGUAAUGUAUUAUUGCUUGAUUUAUAUACCAAGAAAAGUGUUAUUAGGUUUCAUUU